AUGGAAAUGUUCCCAGAAUUUUUAAUCCUUUCUCUCCUCCUCUCCAAACUAAAUCUUAUCAAUGCAUGUAUACCUACGCAACAGAUAGAAAGUAAUUGAUCCCGGAAGGCGUUUUUUUUUCCAAACAUCUUCCAAUUUUCAGAAACCCUCCAGACUACGACCUCCCUGACCACAACGACGGCUCCGGUGGCAAUCGUGACAACUACUAGCACAGGU